AGUCACAAAAAACCCUUAAGUGCUAUCCAGCAUAGAAACUUAGCCUAUAUCCACAUAUUAAAAAGGCAUAGGUUACAAAAAAUACCUGCAGACACCGUCUCUCUCCAGCAAUCAAACUAAAUUUUCCUCAUUUCCUCCAUAGACUCUGGGGGGAAAUCUUUGCUCCUGGCUCUGGUGUUACCGGGCCAGUAAAUGGUGAUUCAGAUCGCAUGUAACAGGCUGCACUCAACGACUCAUUUUUUCCGACGACUUCAGGCACCAGAGGAGAGUCGCAGCACUCACAGACUGGAUCGUCGCUGGUGUUUCUUUGCAAGCCAGUGUCGAGAUGCUCCAGGGGGCAGUGAGCAGAGCUGUGCUCUGCCUGUCCUGCUGCCUCCUGUUGGAGGUCUGCUUCCCAGCAGACAGUGCAGGACCAGCAGCUCCCCUCCCUACCUUUCCCCCUGCACAAGAGCCAGGGGAACCAGACCUUGAGGACUGGGAGUGGGGGUCUGGAUCAUCUCUUCUGCAUCUGCUCAACAGCUUCCCUGCCGACAGCCCCUUCAUAACGGAGACCCCAGGAAAACCGGUUAACUGCACCCAGCGCUUCUGGUUACCACCGUCCUCUGCAAUCUGCUGGGAAAACAUAGCCGGACCUGAGGAGUUUGCCGAGUCCCGUCUGCUUGUUCUACAGAACAGGGCCGCCCUGCAGGCUGUGUCCACCUCCAGCGGGGUGGAGGAGGGAGGGAUCUCCUAUGACCACCAAGCCAGAGAGGAGGUCCAGGGGAUCCGCUCAGACCACCUGAGUGUGGUAGAUACUAUGCAGACCAUGGAGAAGGUGUUUGUGUCACUGGAGGAGAAGCGGAAAGAAGGGAAGGAGCAGGGGGUCUUUACACGCAUGAAGGAGCGUCUUGCCAACACAAGAGACACCAUCGGUGUCAGAGAGGACAUGGCAAACCAUCUGGAGGAGCAGUUUUCUACUUUAGAGAAGACUCUGCUUAACAUACAGCUUCGACUCAACAAACUCAUCCAACAGUGACUACACCAUGGAGCCUUUCACGUCCCUUAUGUGAACUGUAUUUAUAUAUUCAUGGAUUGUACAACAGUGUAGCAAAUGCAUGCAUGCUCAGGAUUAUGUAAGUCUCUAGUAUGACGAAAAACCCACUUGAUAUACACAUUAUGUCAUUAACGUACCUACACAAGUAAAACGUGUGACCUGGAAUUUGCAGAUAAACUUCACAUUAUCCGGGAGCUUUGAUGAACAUGUAGCAGUUAAAUCUAGUUUUAUAUUGACAGUUUGCAAACAUGUUCCAUGUGGAGAUUUCAUGGUCACAUUAAUAGCCUCUAGUAAAACAGCAAGACACUUGUAAUAGAAUAAAUGACUUGUUUAACUUG